AUGGCAAUUCGACAACAACUAAAGCAUUCUAGUUUCCAUACUUCAAAAGCAAAGCAAGCAAGUAAAGAAAUUUUACAGUUAAGGUCAGAGAAUCUGUCAACAGUUCAUAUCACUAAUUUUAUGGAAUCAUUGUCGACCUACUCCCACUCUGUGCAAGAAAAGAUUUUGAAGAAACUGACUGGCCAAGAACUUUCUAAAGUAUUAAAAUCAUUGGGCAAGCCGUCACUUUUGGGGAAGAAAAAAAGUCGACAAAUUGGAUUAUUACUUGAACUUCUAAAAAGUGGUGACAUUACAGUACUGUAA